AUGAGGUUUGGAGGUGGUAGCAGUAGCAGCAGCAGUAGCAGCGGCUCGGGAGGAGGAAAGAAGAAAAAGAAGAAGAAGAAGAAGAAGAGGAAGAAGCUCUUUAAGAAGAAGAAGAAGAAGAAGAAGAAGAAGCAGAAGGGAGGAGGAAGUUCCAGCUCCGGAUGGAGCAGCAGCAGCAGCAGCGGCGGCGGAGGCAAAGGCAAAGGGAAGAAGAAGGGGAAGAAGGGGAAGGGCAAGGGCAAGGGCAAGGGAGGCAGUAGCAGCAGUAGCAGCAGCGGCGGAGGCGGAUGGUUUGGUUGA